AGACUGAGUGGUUGUAAUCUGUCAGAGAGAAGCUGUGAAGCUCUGUCCUCAGUUCUCAGCUCCCAGUCCUUUAGACUGAGACAGCUGGACAUGAGUAACAACAACCUGCAGGAUUCAGGAGGGAAGCUAAUCUCUGUUGGACUGAAGAGUCCACACUGCACACUGGAGACUCUCAGGUCAGGAUUCAUUAACCCAUUCAACUGAUGACCAUUUAAACUCUGAUUAACUUUAGUUGAUAAACAGCUGACAUGUAGCUUUUUGUCUAUUGAUAUGAUAAACUUCAGCAGUAGUUUCGAGCAUCAGAGUUACUUUCCAUGAGGAUUUUUAAUCAUUUGCUUUUGUUGUUGAAUAAUUAAAUACAGAUGAUUUUAAACAUGUAUUCUAAAUCUGGACCAAAAUGUACCUGGACAACAAACAAACAUAAAACAAACACAUGGCUCCAUGUGUUCAGAGAGAGUUCCUGUGUGGUGUUCUGUGUGUUUGCAGUCUGUCAGGCUGUCUGAUCUCAGAGGAAGGCUGUUCUUCUCUAGUCUCAGCUCUGAGCUCCAACCCCUCCCAUCUGAGAGAGCUGGACCUGAGCUACAAUCAUCCAGGAGACUCAGGAGUGAAGCUACUGUCAGCGGGACUGGAGGAUCCUCUCUGGAGACUGGACACUCUCAAGGUGGAGCCUGCUGGAGUCAGAUGGUUGACACCAGGUCUGAGGAAGUAUUCCUGUGAACUCACACUCGACACAAACACAGUGAACAGAAAACUCAAACUGUCUGACAACAACAGGACGGUGACACAUGUGAAGGAGGAUCAGUCAUAUCCUGAUAAUCCAGAGAGGUUUGACUGUCUUCAGCUGCUGUGUAGAGAUGGUCUGACUGGUCGCUGUUACUGGGAGGUUGAGAUGAGAGGAGGAGGGGUUUCUGUAGCAGUGUGUUACAGAGGAAUCAAGAGGAGAGGAAACAGUGAUGACUGUAGGUUUGCAUGUAAUGAUCAGUCCUGGAGUCUGGAAUCUUAUGAUGGUAGUUACUAUGUCUGGCACAAUAACAGAGAAACAUACAUUUCCUCCUCCUCUGUCUCUGGUAGAGUAGCAGUGUAUGUGGACUGUCCUGCUGGCUCUCUGUCCUUCUACACAGUCUCCUCUGACUCACUGAUCCACCUCUACACCUUCAACACCACAUUCACUCAGCUUCUUUAUCCUGGGUUUGGGUUCUGGUCUGGCUCCUCAGUGUCUCUGUGUCCUGUAUAGGACGGGAGGCUCCUCCUGUUUCUCACUGUUGAUCAGUUGAGUCUGUACAUGAUCACACUUACAGAAAUAUUUGAGGUUGGUGUUAUAAACAAAUGAAUUAACUUUGUUUAGAAUAAUUCAGAAUGAUUAAACAGAUUCCUCGUGAACAUGGUAAACUUUUUCUUCCAGUCCUUUAAAGAUGGAAGCUGUGAUCAUGAAAUUGUAGAAAUGCUGUUGACU